GAGAUCACAUCUCUCACCUACCGAAGCCCCCGAAGUCCAUUUCGGGAAACCAUGGGACCAGAGUGCGGACAUCUGGUCGUGGGGGGUCAUCGUAAGUGCAUCGUCAUCCUGGCCCAGUUGCUCCAGGCCGCCGUCAACUUUGAGUCUCCAGGCCUGUACGACAACGUCACCAAGGGAACACUGGAAGAAAAGACACAGGCAGUUCGCGACAGACUGUCGGUGGAUUUCGAUCUGCACUCGGUGCCAUUCUACGCACACGACAAGAAAUGCCGAGCCUUGCUACCGCCGCCUCGAUCAGAUGAGGCUUACAUGUGGGCGAACAGCAUGGUUGAGAAGGGUGUUUCCGGCGAAGACAUUCAGUUCCUUGUCGAGGUCCUCCAUCCGGACCCUGCGUAUCGAUUGAAUGUCAGGGAGAUCCUCGAGAGCAGUUACUUUGAGCUCUAAAAGUGGCUCCUGCAUGUGUGGAAUGACUGAAUAGGUGCCAGGUCGUCCCUGAGCAGAAGAGAAUAAAACAAAUUCAACCCCUUACACUACUAGCCUUAGUUAUCUAUAUC